UAAAAUAAAUUUAUAACCUAUAGAUUACAUUACUUAAUCUCUAGAGUAUUUUUAAAGUAAAAAUAAGCAACGUACAGUACAGCUAUGCUACGAAUAUUCCAUAAGAGUAUAGUGUUACAAAACAAAUGUUCCCUCUCACAUAAUCUUCUAAAAGAUUUAAAUGUUUACAAAUGUGUAACAGUGCACCAAAACUUUGUGAGAAGUUUUGCGAGUAAAACUAUCGAAGAUACAAAAUUUGAACGCAUUUAUUAUGGUAAUCUUACCCCACAAAUAAGGAGUGUAAAAGUUUUCUCAGUGUGCUCAAGUAUAGCCGGUCUUUGCGCUCAACCGAUUUUAGUUAAAGAAGCCGCUACCAUCGGUAGUACUUCACUAAUAGUAGCUUUAUGUUCAGUAGUUGGAUUCUUUACAUUUGUCACUCCAAUAUUACUGCACCUUGUAACGAAAAAAUAUGUAACAGAAAUGCAUUAUGAUCCAAGCACAUCUACAUAUAGAGCAACCACAAUAAGUUUCUUUUUAAUACCUAAAAAGUUGGACUUCACACCAAAUGAUGUUGUAGUUCCCGAUAUCCCUGGAAUGUUCACAACAAUGGUAGCCAAAGAUAAACCCUUAUUUAUUGAAGCCAGACACUUCAAUGAUCCUCUCCACUAUGCUAAGAUAAUGGGCUACGACAAACCAUUAGACUUUAAAAUGGGAAACCCAGAAGAGAGUAAAAAGUAGUGAUAUUAGACAUUAGUAAUUAUUUAUGUACUAGCUCUUAGAAUAUAAUAUAUAUUGUUAAUUUUA